UGAGCGCUGCGGUGUAGUUCUCCAUCCGCUCUUCAGACACAGAAGAAGAAGCAGCUGCUUCACUACACUCAGCGCGAUGGAGUCCAGCGAUGCGGGUCGUGGCGGCUGGAAGACUCAUCAGAAGAGUAAACUGAAUGUGAUCAUGAGACAGGAGGAGCUGAUCGCUCAGAAGAAGAGAGAGAUCGAGGCCAGACUGAAAGAACAGGCUCAGAAGAAGCAGAAGCCCGUCCAGAACCAGAACCUGGACCAGAACCAGUCCAGCAGUUCUCCUCCCUCAGAGGCAUCUUCAUCCUCCUCCUCCUCCUCCUCCUCCUCAUCAAACAAGUUUGUGAACGACGGCAGUUUCCUGCAGCAGUUCCUGAAGAUGCAGCGAGAGAAGUCCAGCGCUGACGAAGGAUCGGCCGGCUCCGCCCCCAGCGCUCAGAGCCCGCCCUCAGCCGGAGGUCAGGCUCAGAAGAGGAGCGUUCUGAUCGGAAAGCGGCCCGGUCUGGGGGUCAGCAGCAUGAUCAAUCAGUUCAAGAACUACUCUCCGUCCAAGAAGACAGCGCUGCCCGCGGCCCGACCCAGUGUGUUCAGCUCCCCCGAUGAUGACGAGGAGGAGGACGAUGAUGCAGACUACCUGGAGGUCAAAGUUUCCCCCCCAGAGGACGGAGAUCUGCGGCUCGUCAUCGAUAAGAUGGCCUCGUUUGUCGCCGAAGGCGGUGCUGAGCUGGAGAAGAAGGCCAUGGAGGACUACAGAGACGAUCCCAUGUUCUCGUUCCUGUUUGAGAAGAGCAGUAAGGAGUAUCUGUACUACAGGAGGAGAGUGGCGGAGAUCAGACGAGACGCGCCGCGUCAGACCGAUGUCUCCUCCUCAGUGGAUGACAGCACCAGGAAGGUGGCGGAGAAACUGGCGCACUUCGUGGCGGACGGCGGCACGGAGGUGGAGAUCAUGGCUGCUCAACACAACCGAGACAAUCCCGCCUUCAGUUUCCUGUACGACUAUCAGAGCGCGGCUCAUCGCUUCUAUAAGGCUAAAGUGGACGAGUUCCGUCAGGAUAAGAGCAGCAGUGAAUCGCAGACGGCCGUCUCACAGGAACACACACACACCGCCGCCAAGAGGAAGAGGAAGAGCCGCUGGGGAGCCGAGGAUGAUAAAGUGGAGCUGCCCACGCCAGCGCUUAUCAGCCCUACUGCUCCAGCGGCCGGAUCCAGCACUCCUGCACUGACAGAUCAGGAGCUGAGCAGUCUGGGAUAUAAGAAGGGGAAGCCGGUGGGUCUGGUGGGCGUGACGGAGCUGUCAGACGAUCAGAAGAAACAACUCAAAGAACAACAGGAAGUACGAACACACACACAUUACCCAUAAACCCCGUAAACUGUCAAUCAUGUCGU